AAUUAUUGGUUAGAAUUUGCAGAGAAAAGAAAACAAAUUAUUUAAUUAAUAAAAUGCUCAGCGCAUUAAGAAAUACUUUACGAAAUCCUAUAUUAAGACUAUUUCAUACAACUUCUAGUCAAGCGACUGAGAAAUUUGAUCAUAAACGAAUACCGCUUGACGAUGAAGGUGUUCAGGGUGAAAAAAUUGUCGAUCUUGAUUCAGUUUUGAAAUCAAAACAGAACUUGUUUCCUACAAUAGAAUCAGAUGAUAUGUUGUUUGAUGGAACUCCAUAUAAAAAUCUCCCCAUAUGCAACAUCAGAAUAAGUCACAAUAAUACAAUUUUGACGUUAACUGAUGCAGCUGGAAGUGUGAAACUUAUAAAAUCAUGUGGUAUAGAAGGUUUCAAAAACGCUAAAAAAGGAACCAACAUAGCUGCACAAACCACGGCCAUCAGUUUAGCAACAAAAGCAAUUGACAGAGGAUUUAAAACCGUUAGAGUGAAGGUCAGAGGAUUAGGACCUGGAAGAUUGGCAGCUGUAAAGGGCCUUCAGAUGGGUGGACUUGAUAUAGUAUCCAUUACAGAUAACACUCGUGUUUCAUGGAAUCCUCCAAGACCACGGAAAGUACGAAGGCUGUGAUUUAUGUGUGGAGGAAAUCAUUACCAAUAUUUAUUUAGACAACUUUAAAUAAAUCAAUAUUUGUCAAGGU